AUGUUUCCAGACCAGCUGCAGGAGCUGCGCAAGACGUCGCUGGCUAGGCUGAUCUGCGACUGCUCCGACGGAGUGUCUCAGAUUCAGGCAGAAGUGAUGAGAACCAUCGAUCCUAGCAACCCCAUGCUCUCCUGCGAGGACAUCCCAAGGCCGGCGUUCGACGCCUGGCGGGCAGACAGGAUGAAGACACCCGUGCUGGGAGCCGCGUUCAUGCCGUUCAACUGGACCGCGUUCAAAGACAGCAUCAACAGCACCGUCAAGGACGUGGUGACCUACAUCAACGAUACUAGAGCAACGGCCACUGUCGACACGGACUGGGUAGCCUUCAGGAACUACAUAAACAAGUCGUUCUCUGAUCUGAGGAACCAGGUGUCCGCUCUGCAUCCACGCGAAUCCGCGGCAAGUUCUUCAGCACCGUUGGAGAAGUCGUCGGAGUACCCGGAUAGCUUCAUCCUGCAGGCGGCAGGUGGUCCUCCGGACGUCUAUCAGGACUGGGCCAAGUUUAAGAGCGACCUGGCGAAGUCCUUGAACGAGUCCAUAGCCUCGAUGAGCAAUGGUCCAGCCGCGGCUGCCAAGUGGAUCGCGUUUAAGCAGGACAUCGCCGAUCGGUUCGCCGAUCUGAAGACGCAGGUGGCUUCCAUGAAGGCCGAUCUUGCUCCGAAGACCUUGGCCAAGGUGUCCGAAGAGAUGAUCUUCGACUGGAAGAACUACAAGGACGACAUAACGGCCUCUUUGAACGACACCAUUAUGGACAUCGAGAAGAACAUGCCGCCUCCAGGCGAUCCAGCUUGGGCAGCCUAUGGCGCCGACAUCAGGGAUAAAUUCUUCGCUUUCCGGGACAAGGUUAACGGUCAGAGACCUUUAAAGGAGUUGGCAGCUAGAGGAGAAGCUUCCGACGAAGACUGGCUGAGCUACAAGGCGGACAUCAAGAAGACCAUCGACGAUGCUGUGAAGAACAUAAAGGACAGGAUGCCUCCUCCUGGCGAUCCCGCUUGGGCGGCCUACAGAGACGAGGUCAUCAAGAAUUUCUCCGCCUUCAGGACCACGCCGCCGCCGCCGCUCCUGUUCUCGGCGAAGGAUCCUAAACGCGGUGCUCUGGGAUCGGCUACGUUCAACAAUAGCCAGCUGCCUAAUUUGACGAACGAUUGGAUAGAGUUCCGGGCGCGGAUCAACGACUCUCUGGCUCGGAUCAUCCAGGACAUUCGGAGCAAGAGGCCGACUACUCACGACCCUGUCGGUUGGGCAGCCUUCAAGCAGUCCGUUGCGAACGACUUCGCGAAGUUCAGGGACGAGAUCGCCAGCAUGAAGGCGGAAUUGGCUGCGAAGUACGACGAGCUGAGAACCGGCAAGGAUGCGCCGAGUCUUCGUGCUGCUGCGAAAGGCGGUAGCACGUCGAAGUUCGAUUACACCAAGUUCAUCAGGCCUUACGUCCCCCCCGAGGACUGGAUCGCCUUCAAGCAGCAGAUCAACGAUACCUUGACGAGCUUGCUGAACCGAGCGAACGCUACCGACGAGACGGACUUCGACGAGGUCCACGAGAUGUUCGACAAGUCCUUCGCGGACCUGAAGACCGAGAUCGCGUCCCUGAAGAGUCUGAUCGCUCGGAGCAGAGGGAACAAGACCGCGGACUGGAGCAGCUUCCAGAAACAGUUGAACUCGACGGUGCAGGAGCUGGCGGACAGCGUUGGCGACGAGAGCAAAGCUUCCGCCGCGAACGUGCUGAGAGCCCUGUUCCAGACCGAGGACAAGCUGGCUGGACUACAGCCUCCGGAUGGUGCACCGCCCAAGGAAUGGAAAUGGUUCUCUUCGAAAAUCAAUCAGACUCUCUCGGACACCCUAAACGUGAUCAGCGAUAAGAAACUCUUGGCUCUGACGCUGAGGGCCGAGGCUUCGGACGCGUCGUCCUCUGACAGAUCUCUGUCACAGUGGCUGAUGAUACCGUGUCUAAUGACCGUUUUGCUGUCGAAGGUCAAAUUGUUCGUCUGCUGAGACAGAGAGAGAGAGAGAGAGAGAGAGAUACAGUUUUUUACCGUACGACUUGUAUAUAUAUAUAUGUUAUUUAUAGUCAAACUUUCGCACGCUAACUGCGACCUUGGACGAUGGAUCUUGAUCUCGGUCGAACUAAGAAUCGUUUAUUUAACCUUUUAGGUACGGCUGAA